UAAUAAACGCCGCUGAGUUUAAAACUUUACAAAUUUUGACUUUGGUUUUCCGACUGAAUUCAACCGGCUACCAACUCCAAUUUGUAUUGAAGUGUUUUCGCAUUCUCGUUGAUUUACAUUCGGUUCUAUACGAAUUGUGCAGCUGACUUGGAGAGCACUUGUUGUUUGGUGGUCAUUGCUAAUUCUCAAUAUAUCCCAUUUACUUAGCAAGGAUAAUAUUGAACGACCCUUUAGUAUCUGCAAUACAAAGUUGUACAAGAUGCAAACUGAGAGAUAAAUAAUUGCCACAAAGGUUAAUGAUUUACAACUGAGCUUAUCAACUAGCGGGUGGAUGAGAACCAAACACAUCAGCCGACUUUGGGCGGGGGGGAAAGUGUGCAUUAGUUUACUUGUUUGGUAUGUGCCUGAAUCCCGUGUUCAGUAUCUAUAAGAAAGGAGAUCGUAAGACUCUAGAACUUUAGCAAGAAUUUAUGACUGGAAGUAGUCAGAAGAAGUGUAGCUGGGGAGGAGGUCGUGUUGGUGAUAUGUGUGGAAUAAAUCAUCAUCGCAAUACGAGCUUGUCUUGGUGAGUGUAUUAUGUUCUCGGCGAUUAUUAUUAGCACGUCGUCACAGGAGAUGAACACUACACCGUUCAAUAACUGGACCACACACUCUAACUCGUCAGGAAAAGCAUCAUCUGCAACAUGGCAAGUCAUAGACCAGGUUGUUGUCUUCAGUGUUCUCACCGUGAUUAUAGCUGGGACUAUCUUCGGAAAUCUCUUAGUAAUUGCUUCAAUCGCUUACUUUACCAAACUGCGGACUCCAACUAACGCUUUUAUAGUCUCCCUGGCUGUCGCAGAUUUCCUCGUUGGCAUUAUUGUAAUGCCUUUCAGCAUGGCCAAGCUAGUCUUUGGAUGGUACUUUGGGAAGGCGUUUUGCAAAAUCCACACGAUCAUGGAUGUGAUGCUGUGCACCUCCUCCAUCAUGAACCUCAGUUGCAUUGCCUUCGAUCGGUUCUAUGCUGUGUGUUACCCUUUGAAAUAUCGAUUCAGGAUGUCUCAGAAGAGAGUGACCGUCCUCCUCCUGAUUUGUUGGUUUGUGCCUGCUUUGAUGUCGUUUGUGCCCUUGUUGUUAGAUGUCCAUUUGAGGGGAUUGGAAGCCAUUCUACUACCCUUUGAUCCACACAGUUGUGUGUUUAUGGUCAAUAUUCCUUAUGCUGUUUCUGCUUCAGUAAUCGCCUUCUACUUUCCCAUGUUGGUGAUGCUAGUGGCAUAUGGAAAAAUAUUCCUAGUAGCAAGGAUCCAAGCCAGACAGGUAUAUACCAUUGAAAACGGGUUAGAGGGAAGAAACACUUUGACAAGGUGCCAAAAUUCUUCCAUGAAGAAAGAAAGGAAAGCAGCUAAAACUCUUGGCAUCAUCAUGGGAUGUUUCCUCAUCUGCUGGUUGCCAUUCUUUACUACAAAUAUAGUUAACCCUUUGCUUGGAUACCCAGCACACCAUAUUCUUCUUGAAGUUUUUUUAUGGUUGGGUUAUGUUAAUUCAACUCUCAAUCCUUUGUUAUAUGCUUUCUUCAAUCAAUCUUUCCGACGAGCUUUCUAUAUGGUAAUUGGCUGUAAGAUUUUGGCCAGCGAUUGCCAAAAUAACAACUUGUCAGACAGCAUCAGGCAGAAUACACAACUUGCUACACUGUCACGUUAAAUCUCUCAAUCUCCCCAUUAGCCAAAUGAGCAAAAUCCCUGGGAAGCAACAACAUUGUUGCAUAUAGCAGUUCAAUAUGAUUUUGACUGCAAUGAAGAGCUUUUUUAAUGUAUUGAACAAUUUUGUGUUUUAUGAAACAUAAGAUUGAAGUGUUGAUAUUGGGAAAGUAUUAUAUAACAUCAUAGGAAAUAUUUCAUGGCUUUCUCAGUGGUGUGGGUAGUUUUAGAGAGCGAAAUGGCAAACCUGUGUACUACAAAACAGUUGGUGAUUUUUAUUCUAUAAAUAUGGGUAAUUUGGAGCAAAAAGAGAGCAUUAAUUGUAACUGUAAUUUCCUUGCUGUUAUAAACUUCAUCUAUUUUGUGAAAUAGCUUUGAUCAUUUGGUUUUUAUAUGUGCUUAUAGCUUUAACUUGUAUAUUCAGAAUAAAUAUUAUUUUGCCUCUUGACUAAAA